AUGAAACAAAGAAAAAGGGGUAACCACCAUAAACGCUUCUUCUUCAUUUUUCCUGUACAGCGAAGACGAGAAGAAUACCAAACCUAAAUUCCCCAUUCUCUCUUGAUUCUCUCCAGAUUUCAGAUUCAAACCCCAGUAAUUGGAAAAUCUAACUUCCAAUAUCUCUGUAAGUGUAAUUUUUUUCUAUCAUUUCUUUUAUUCAUUUCCGUCUUUAGAUCACAAUUUCACAACUUUCAGCAAACAUUUACAAACCCUAGAUACAGAGAUCUGAAACAAGCUAAUUCAAUGAUCUUGUAAAAAGAAGUUUAAUAAAUUAAGAAGAGUUAAUCAAUGGCGUGUUUAGCUUUGUCUCUACAACCAGCAAAUGGAUCUGAUAUCCUAUUACAAACACGUGAAUGGUUUCCACCAGCAAGAGCAUUAGUAGCUCUAUCAGCCUUUAGACAAACACGUAUGGCUUUCGCAACAGGUAAACAGAUCUUAACAGAAGAUGGGGAUAUAUCAUUAGGUGAUGAUCCAUUAGCUGCAUCAAGUGGACAAGUAAUUGUUGGCGUAGAAAGUAAAUAUCGUGUUGUUUAUCGUCUUGUUAAUGGGAUUUAUGUUUUAGGUAUUACUACUGUUGAUCAAGAUGAAUGGGUUAAUAAUGUAUUUGAAUGUAUUGGUAUUGUUAACCAAGCUGUUAGUGUUAUUGUUGCUGCUUGUCGUGGUGUUGAUGUUACUCCUGAGAAACUCAAUAGAAAGUAUGCAGAAAUUUAUAUGGCGCUAGAUAUCGUUUUGAAAGGUGUUAGUUCUAUUAGGCUGGUUGCAAUGUUAUCCUCAAUGCAUGGUGAUAGUAUUGCUAAGAUGGUACAUUCGGGUAUUGAUACUGAGAACCGUAUUAGAGGAGCUGAUAAUUGGAGUAGUGUUGAGUUUCUUUCGUUAGAACAUCAAGCAAAUGUUGAACUGUUUUCCAGUGCUACUUUUGAAUUACCUUCGGAGACUUUGGCUGCUGGCGAUGAAGUAGCAUCGACUUUAAUAACUACUUCCUCGCAAGCAGAUAAAGAAGAGUUGUUGCAAGAAAAGAAACCUGAGGGAACUUCUGAAACAGAGAAAGAUCCUUUUGCUGCUAGUGAUGCGAUUAAUAAGCCAGAGGAAUUAGUGGGUGGCUUUAAGAAAAAUAAGGAUUCGUCUUCUGCUACUGAUCUAAGUGCACUUUCUGGGUUAGAUGUAACUACUCUACCACCAGCAGAGGCUACACAAUCUACACAUAUUGGUGUUGAAGGAUUUGAAGGUAACUAUGGUGGUGUUGAGUUUGGUAAAGAAGAGGAGAGUUUGAAUCAAGCUUUUGAAGGGCUUGAUGAUGCUUGGGGUGGAGGAUUGGAUGCAUCUGAAUUUGUUGGACCAAAGAAAUUUCCAAAGAACGAGGGUUUGGGAGGUUUGGAAUUUUUAAACUCAGGAGGUGAUGUUGCGGCAACUACUGCUACAGGUGGAACAGGGGGAACUCUUGAAAACCUUUUGGUGAAGAAAACUGAAAUGCAGGGACCUGAGAUGUAUAUAUCUGAAGAAAUCAGUGUUGAAUUCAGAGAGUCUAUUCUUGCUAGGGUGAGUUUAAUGGGUACUGUUUAUUUGAAAACUUUGCCACCAAAAAUGGUUGGUGACAAAGAAACUGAAUUCUCCUUCCGAGUUGAGGGUACUUCAGGAGUCAAAAGGUUUGUUAUGCAAAAUUCUCUUGUCAGUAGUCUUGGAAACGGGUUAUUUCAUUCAAGGACGAAAUCUUCUGAGGAGCCUCUUCCAGUUCUAAAGUAUAGUCUUCUGCCUCGAUUGACGCCAUUACCAUUAAGGGUUCGUAUGGUUACACGUCACAGUGGAACUCUACUUUCUGUGAUGAUUCAGUAUGUGUCAAAUCCGGAUUUGCCAGCACCCUUGAAUGAUGUUACAUUUGUUUUGAAGCUACCAGUUGACCCGACAUUGUUGAAGGUGUCCCCGAAAGCUGGUUUGAACAGAUCCGAGAAGGAGUUGAGUUGGCACAUUCAGGAGAUUCCUUUGAAGGGUCCUCCGGGUAUGUUACGGGCUCGAAUGCCUGUUGAUAUAAAUGAACAAGAUUCUCUUGAAGAAAUUGAGGUUGUUGGGUAUGUCAAAUUUUCAGUGCAGGGAACUAGAUCGUUGUCCGGGGUUUCACUGCGACCAGCUACCGAGGGUAAGACAGACUUCUAUGAGGUUAAUCACAGGUUCGCAAGUGGCCUUUAUAUGUGCAACUGAUACCAAAGACUCUUGGCGCAUUCUUUCCGUGUUCUUAUCCUAUUUUGCUUUCUUGCAGCGUGUUUUAGUGUGUUUGUACUAUUCGUUUUAAGAGGAUAAUGACUUGUAUCCAUCCGUUCUCUUUGAAAGCUCAUUGUUCCUUUGUUGAUGUUUUUAUCAAUCAUGAGAAAAUGGCCAACCCUUUUGGGCUUUCUUUCUCCUCUGUACAAUUACGAGCUGUGAAAUGCUAAUUUUGUAAACUUUUGAAGAUCA